AUGGCUGGCCCACAGCAGCAGCCCCCUUACCUGCACCUGGCCGAGCUGACGGCGACCCAGUUCCUGGAGAUCUGGAAGCACUUCGAUGCAGACGGAAAUGGGUAUAUUGAAGGUAAAGAGUUAGAAAACUUUUUCCAAGAAUUGGAGAAAGCAAGAAAAGGCUCUGGCAUGGUGUCAAAGAGUGACAACUUAGGGGAGAAGAUGAAGGAAUUCAUGCAGAAAUAUGACAAGAACUCAGAUGGGAAAAUCGAGAUGGCAGAGCUGGCACAGAUCCUGCCGACCGAGGAGAACUUCCUUCUGUGCUUCAGGCAGCACGUGGGCUCCAGCACUGAGUUUAUGGAGGCUUGGCGGAAGUAUGACACAGACAGAAGCGGUUACAUUGAAGCCAAUGAGCUCAAGGGAUUCCUGUCUGAUCUGCUGAAGAAGGCGAACCGACCAUAUGAUGAACCCAAGCUCCAAGAGUACACCCAAACCAUACUACGGAUGUUCGACUUGAACGGGGAUGGCAAACUGGGCCUCUCGGAGAUGUCCCGACUCUUGCCUGUACAGGAAAACUUCCUGCUUAAAUUUCAGGGCAUGAAGCUGACCUCGGAGGAGUUCAACGCGAUCUUCACAUUUUAUGACAAGGACGGAAGUGGCUACAUUGAUGAGAACGAACUGGACGCCCUCCUGAAGGAUCUGUAUGAGAAAAAUAAGAAGGAAAUGAACAUCCAACAGCUCACCAGCUACAGAAAGAGUGUCAUGUCUUUGGCUGAGGCGGGGAAGCUCUACCGCAAGGACCUGGAGAUUGUCCUCUGCAGUGAGCCCCCCCUGUAA